CAAAUAUCCCUAGCACCAUCCUAAACCCUGUUUACCCCAGAAACCUGAACUGUGGACAGACAGAAGAGGAGAGAGAGAGAGAAAAUUCAGACACAAUAAAACUCUGAGGGGAAAAAUAUGUGGAAGGAGGAGGCAGCAGCGGCCUGGGGAAGGGAUUGAAAAGUUUCCCCUGGCUUAACUUCUCCCCCCCUGCAGCAGCAGAAGCAGCGCCUGCAGCACAAGCUGACCAAGUAAACAGGUCAUGGCACGCUUAACGAAGAGGCGACAGGCAGAUACAAAGGCUAUCCAGCAUCUUUGGGCAGCUAUAGAAAUAAUCCGGAACCAGAAGCAAAUUGCUAACAUUGACCGUAUUACAAAGUAUAUGUCUCGAGUCCAUGGUAUGCAUCCAAAAGAAACCACACGUCAGCUGAGUUUAGCAGUCAAGGAUGGUCUUAUUGUUGAAACCCUGACGGUGGGGUGUAAAGGGUCAAAAGCUGGUAUUGAACAAGAAGGAUAUUGGUUGCCAGGAGAUGAGAUUGCCUACGGUAUGCAGCCUUUUUCCCAGACAGCAGCAAAAAACAAGGACUGGGAAACAGAAAAUCAUGACUGGUAUUGUUUUGAAUGCCAUUUGCCUGGAGAGGUGUUGAUAUGUGACCUGUGUUUUCGUGUGUAUCAUUCCAAGUGUUUGUCUGAUGAGUUCAGGCUUAGAGACAGCAGUAGUCACUGGCAGUGCCCAGUUUGCAGGAGUAUCAAGAAGAAAAACACGAGUAAACAAGAGAUGAGCACAUACCUGCGAUUCAUAGUCUCUCGUAUGAAGGAGCGGGCUAUAGAUCUAAACAAGAAAGGGAAGGACAACAAACACCCAAUGUAUAGAAGGCUGGUGCACUCAGCUGUUGAUGUUCCUACUAUACAGGAGAAAGUAAAUGAAGGGAAGUACAGGAGUUACGAGGAGUUCAAAGCAGAUGCUCAGCUGCUUCUACACAACACAGUGAUUUUCUAUGGAGCGGACAGUGAACAAGCUGAUAUAGCAAGGAUGCUUUACAAAGACACGUGUCAUGAACUGGAUGAACUGCAGCUUUGCAAGAACUGUUUCUAUUUGUCAAAUGCGCGACCUGACAAUUGGUUCUGCUAUCCUUGUAUACCUAAUCAUGAGUUGGUUUGGGCCAAAAUGAAAGGCUUUGGGUUUUGGCCAGCUAAAGUCAUGCAGAAAGAGGACAAUCAAGUUGAUGUUCGCUUUUUUGGCCAUCAUCACCAAAGGGCCUGGAUCCCCUCUGAAAACAUUCAAGAUAUCACAGUUAACAUCCAUCGGCUGCACGUGAAACGCAGUAUGGGGUGGAAGAAGGCCUGUGACGAGCUGGAACUGCACCAGCGUUUUCUUCGUGAGGGGAGAUUCUGGAAAUCAAAGAAUGAGGAUAAAGGGGAAGAGGAGGCAGAGUCGAGUAUCUCUUCCACCAGCAAUGAGCAGCUGAAGGUUACUCAGGAACCAAGAGCAAAGAAAGGACGACGUAACCAGAGUAUGGAACUGAAGAAAGAAGAGCCAGAACCUGAAACUGAAGCAGUAAGUUCAAGCCAGGAAAUUCCCACAAUGCCUCAGCCCAUUGAAAAAGUUUCAGUCUCAACUCAGACCAAGAAGUUAAGUGCCUCUUCUCCAAAAAUGCUGCAUCGGAGCACCCAGACAAGUAAUGAUGGAGUGUGUCAGAACAUGUGCCAUGACAAAUACACCAAAAUCUUUAAUGAUUUCAAGGACAGGAUGAAAGCUGAUCACAAAAGAGAAACUGAGAGAGUUGUGCGAGAGGCAGUAGAAAAGCUGCGUACAGAGAUGGAAGAAGAGAAAAGGCAGGCUGUAAAUAAAGCUGUGGCCAACGCACAAGGAGAGAUGGACAGAAAAUGUAAGCAGGUAAAGGAGAAGUGCAAAGAAGAAUUUUUAGAAGAAAUUAAGAAGCUAGCAGGCCAGCACAAGCAGCUGAUUUCCCAGACCAAGAAGAAGCAGUGGUGCUACAACUGUGAAGAGGAGGCCAUGUACCACUGCUGCUGGAACACUUCCUACUGCUCCAUCAAGUGUCAGCAGGAGCACUGGCAUGCUGAACACAAACGUACCUGCCGCAGAAAAAGAUGAAAGAGUUAUUCCUCCCCUAGAAAACCACCCCGAUGAUUGCUAUUCUCAGACACAGCGGUUUUUGUUUCCAAGAAGCCAAAAUUGUUUAGAAUUUGCUUCCCAUUUUGCACCAGCCUUUAAACACUUUUCGUAAAAGAAAUUUUGCACAGUAAUUUCAAUCUUCUGUUUAAUGCUCCUCCAAAAUUUUGUCAGCAAAAUGAAUUUAACAUCUGUGGGAGCAGGUUACUUUAAGUAAUUUUAAACUAGAGGAUUUGUUGCAUUUUCAGCAAAUUUUAAAACAUUUUUAGGUUUUACAGAGAUUUUAAUCUUUAAAAACAGCAGAUCUAAAAAUAAAAAAUCAUGCAAGUUUAACAAAAGGAACAUUUAAAAACUAGAUCUGAAUGUAAGAAGUAUAGAACUGUUUCAGAAAAACAAAGCAUACUACCUUGAUGUAACAUUUAUUUCUUAACCUUGUUGAGCUGGUUUUGUUCAGCUUAAUUUUACUGUUUAAAGGCAUUAUCUAUUGGUUAUACCAGUGGGUACAUGAUUGAAUUUAGGGAACAGGGUUGACACAGCAGGUGCUUGUCCUGCGUAUUUUUUCUUAAAUAUUUCCCAACUGUGUUUUAUUUUCAUUAUUUCUUUUCAAUAUAUAACUUUUAUAACAAAAUAUUAGCUUUGAUCUUGUAGUUAAAAAUCACAGGGAACUGGGGUAAUCUUUUACUGAGCUGGAUCUUAGAGAAAAAUGAAUAUUUAAAUUUUGAAGUUUGCACAUUUCAUCUUUGUCCUAACAUGAGUGCUUGUAACAAGAAUAAGAAAAGCCAAAAACCAAGAAGAAGCAACUACCUUUAUACAUACACGGAAUUAUGAGGCAUACAAAUUUCUUUAUUGUGCCCCUCUUCAGCCUCCCCAAUCCAAC